GGGUGAAUCUUGUCAAGGUGGACUGACCUGGCCACUCCAAAGAAAAAAAAAUUGCUUUUUCGUCUUCUGUCUGAAUCUCUUCUAUUUUUCGUCUGUCCCGUCCGAUCCAUGAACCACUCAAUUCUAUUCUCGUCAGAUUUUUGACUUGAAUGAAUCUUCGCCAUCUUCGCAGGCAGGGCAUCCUCCCCCAAAGGCCAAAGAUCGCUCCCCAACCUGUCCAUGAAUUGCUACCAAGGUUAGGGUUUUGUUGGUGAUGUCUUGUGGCUCCUCAGACCCACCUACAUACUGCUCAGCUGCUUCUCCUGAGCUGAAGCUCUACCAGGCCUUCAUCUUCUCUGUUCCGGUCUUCUUCACCUUUGUCCUCCUGCUUUUGUUCUAUCUGUCCUACUUGCAGCGCCGCCGGGCGCAUUGGCAAUCCCUCAGAUUGAGGGCCGCCCAGCUCAGUCGAGGAGAAACAUCGAGACGGCCGGGGUCGGGCAUAAAGAAGGAGCUGAGAGAGAUGCUUCCGGUAGUUGUGUUCAAAGAGAGCUUCUUGAUCAGAGAGACACAAUGCUCUGUGUGCUUGGGGGAGUAUCAGUCGGAUGAUCGCCUUCAGAGAAUACCUCAUUGUGGCCACACUUUUCAUGUCGACUGCAUUGAUCAUUGGCUUGCAUCCAACACAACGUGUCCUCUCUGUCGAGUUUCGCUUCUUCCUACAACCAAAUUCACAUCUAGCAUUUCAGAUCACACGGCCAUAGCGAUGGAACAUGGGGUCUUGGACCCCCAACCAUUGGAGAGGCCGACUAAUUCAAGACUUGUCAGCUCCGAAAAUGAAGCAUUUGAUGCACAAAAUGGUGUCGAUGGAUUUGCAGGUUCCAGGAGAGAGGUUGAAGUACAUACAAAUGUUCAGCAAGGGUCAGUGGCAAUUGUAAUUGAGGCCAGUGGAAGUGUUUGAGAAAAGUGCUAGCGCCUAAUCUUCCACGAAUGUUAUUUAAAAUAAUGUGGCAUCUCAGGAUGUAUCAAUAAUUUCAAUUAUCAUGCGAAUGCUUUCUGCAAGUAGUUGAGUCUGAUAAGAGUUUGAUCGAAUGAGGUUGGAGUUAUGCCACUUGCAGUAAACAUGUACUUUAAAAUACCAAAUGUUGUAAACAUUUAACUGUUCAAUGACUGAUAAUGCAGUAGCUAUUGUUUUCGUA